AUGAAGCUUCAUUGGGCCUCGGGCCUCCUCCUGGGGCUGAUUGCCCGCUCUGUGGACGCCAACGCGGAGUCCCACAUCCCCUUUGCCACCGAUUCGAGUCACAUCGAGCCCGAGACCGAAGGGCCCAUCGACCCCGAGGGCUAUCUCUGGCAAGCCCGGCCUCAUGGCGGCAAGCUUCUCCCCCGCGAUCAGUUCACGACGCACUGCUCCAGCUUGGCCGCGGGCAGCAAGUGCGAGUAUGCCAACGACGGUCUCGCGGAAACCCACUGGGCCAGCGAGUCCCAGAGUGACUGUCAUAAGGACGAACUCACCCUGGACUUGCACGAGGUGCGCAACGUGAACGGCAUCUCCAUGCGUCCUCUCAUGGGGGAGAACGACCGCGGCCAGAUCGCCAAGCACGAGGUCUGUGUCAGCGUGGAUGGCGCCGCCUGGACGAAAGUUGCGUACGGCACCUGGGGCUGGAACAAGAGCCCCAAGCUGUCCGCCUUCGAAGCCAUUGAAGCCCGAUACGUCAGGCUCGUGGCCAUGAGCGAGGCGCCUCCUCCCAAGAAUUCUAGCGACCAGGAUCCCGGUGCCGUCACCAAGAUCGUCGACGUCAACAUCUACACCACCAACGCGGUGCUCCCCCACGAGCCCUCCAAGGGCGUCUGGGGCCCGACCCUGGACCUGCCCAUCACGGCCGCGGCGGGCGCCCAUGGCUUUAAUGCGAACGGUCACCACAACAUCAUUCUCUGGUCGGCCUGGACCGACGACCGCUUCUUUGCGUCGCCCGGGGGCAAGACCUUCACGGCCACCUGGGACCCGUACCUGCAGGACAUCGUGCAGGCCAACGUCACCAACACCCACCACGACAUGUUCUGCCCGGGCAUCUCGAUGGACUUCGACGGCAAAAUCGUCGUGUCCGGCGGUGCCGACUCGCAGAAGACCAGCAUCUACGACGGCACGGAGUGGAUCCCCGGCGGCGACAUGAACCUGCACCGCGGAUACCACGCCUCGACCACGCUGUCCGACGGCAAGAUCUUCGCCAUCGGCGGCUCGUGGAGCGGCGGCUCCAACAUGCCCAAGGACGGCGAGGUCUACAACCCGAAAACCAACCAGUGGCGCAUCCUGCCCAACAUCAAGUCCGAUGUCAUCCACACGGUCGACAUCCCGCUGCGCAACGACAACCACGCCUGGCUGUUUGGCUGGAAGAAUGGCAGCGUCUUCCACGCCGGCCCGAGCAAGAGGAUGUUCUGGUUCGACACUCACGGCGACGGCAAGGUGAAGAACGCCACGCGCCGCCUCAACGACCAGGACUCGACCUCGGGCAACGCCGUCAUGUUCGACGCCGUGCGCGGCAAGAUCGUGACCUUUGGCGGCCAGGCGUACUACGACGGCUCGUAUGGCCACCGCAAUGCCCAUCUCAUCACCAUCAAGGAGCCCUUCAAGCGGCCGCUAGUUAAAGUGGCCGGCAUGAACGGCACCGACGGCAUCAAGGGCGUCGGCGGCAUGUACAACCAGCGCGUCUACCACACGUCGGUCGUGCUCCCGGACGGCACGGUAUUCAUUACCGGCGGCGAGAUCUACGGCGUGCCCUUCAACGAGGCCGAGCGCGACGUCCAGUUGACGCCCGAGAUCUAUCACCCCGAGUGGGACGUCUUCCUGCCCCUGAAGCAGAACAACAUCGUGCGUGUCUACCACAGUCUGUCCAUCCUGUUGCCGGACGCCACCGUGCUCAACGGCGGCAGCGGACUCUGUGGCAAUUGCACGGCCAACCACUACGACGCGCAGAUCUUCACGCCGCCGUACCUGCUGCGCGAGGAUGGCACCCCGGCAGAGCGCCCUAGCAAGCCGGAUAUUGUCAACAACUACCGCGUGAAGGUCGGGGCCAAUCUGGCCUUCCAGGCGGAUGCAGACAUCAGAAACGCCUCGUUGAUCCGUCUGGGAACAGUCUCGCACACGGUUAACACCGACCAGCGCCGCAUUCCGCUGUCGUUCACUCGGUCCACUGAGGCCGAGAGUGGCCGUGCUGUCUUCCACGCGGCCAUCCCGAACGAUCCCGGCAUUGCGCUCCCUGGGUACUACAUGCUCUUCGUGCUGAACGACAGGGGCGUUCCCAGCCACGCGGCCACCGUCAAGGUCGAGCUCACUGUCGAGGAAGAGGAUGUGGCGGAUGUCGAGCCGGAGGCCGACUGCGACAUGGAGAUGGGCGAGAAGGAGGCCCAAGGCAUGAUGAAUGCGCUGUUUGCGGCCACUCGCAAGCUCUGGAGCUCGCGCAAGUCGGGGCUGGUGCAUCAGGCUUAG